AACUCCAUGCCGAUUACUGCCGGUCCUCACGCGGUGGAUGAUAGUCCCACCGCCAUACAUCGGGAGGAGAGCUAUACGGGGUUCCUGCUUCCCCCAAUUGAGACCAAACAACGGGCCCUCGAUGAUGUGAUGAUUCCCCCAGAGAAAAUCAACGACUGCUUUGCACUAUUUUUUGAGCACUACUGCCCUAUCGUCCCUGUUCUCAAUGCCGCUAACGACAUCUCACCAAACGCCAUUUACGAAAGAUGCCCCUUCUUAUUCUGGUCCAUUAUCACAGUUGGGUCUCAAAGAUACUAUGAAGAUCCGACCAUCUUUAGCCGCCUGUCGUCGCGAAUUGUCGCCCUCGCCUUUCGAUAUAUUACAGAGAGGUUGACGCCGCUGCACACAAUUGAAGGACUGAUUCUACUAUGCGCAUGGCCAGUUCCAGUCACUCACAUGUAUCGAGACACCACCCAUACGAUCGCUGGUGCGGCACUACAGCUCGCACUCCAGUGUGGUCUGCACAUCGUCGGCGAGGGGCAGGAAUUUGCCCGGACAUACAUACGGGAAAAUGUAGCCGAGAAACGGUAUCGAGCCAACUUGUGGUAUUACUGUCUCAUUAUAUGUCAAAGUGCCAGUAUUGCCGAUGGCCUCCCUCCUCUCAAUGUCUUGGACUCUUUUAGUUUCCCGCGCGGUAGAAAGGAGGUUACAGGCCUCUUGUCAUCACGGCUCUUGUUCCAGACUCGACUGCAUCGGAUUCAAGUGGCUGCCAUCUUUGAGAUCAUGCAAUGCGCGAUGGGCCCGACUAGCGAUAGUAACGCUGUCAAUGCCAUGAUUGACGUCUUCGAUGGACGGGUGCGUGAGUUCGAGUCGGAAUUGUGCGAUGGCUUUGAUGAAUUUGUCCUAAACUCUACACGCCUACAUAUAGCCACUUUUCGGCUCAUGGUUAACCCAGAAGACAUGGACAACUUAGGUAUCAUCAAGCUGUAUUCGAUUUCCAGGAGCGUGAUUGAAGGCGCCACGGAACUGGACAAGAGGAUAGGAUUCAGCGUGUACUCGACCUUUUAUCACUUGCGCUCUCUGCUACUUGCUGCGUCCCUGAUAUUGAAAAUCUCCCGUAGCCACCUAUCGACACAGGUUGAUCUCGUCGGUGGCGAACGCUCCUACUUCUCUGUCAUCCAAUUUGCGAGACGAAGAUCGGUCGAGCCGUCUGAUUUGGACUCAAGAGUCGUCAGUAUCCUGACCCAGCUCUGGUCAAGUCGACUGUCAUCCAAUUUGCGAGACGAAGAUCGGUCGAGCCGUCUGAUUUGGACUCAAGAGUCGUCAGUAUCCUGACCCAGCUCUGGUCAAGUCGAUCGGCCUUCCGGAAUCCUGGCAGUUCCUCAUAUAGUGGCAACCUUAGUCUUCGGCUUCAUAGCCGCUUGACGAUGAAUGCUUUCUUUGACUCCAUGUGGUGGUGGAGGCAUGAAUACAAUCACCAAAAAAACCCUUUUGUCAAAGAGCCCCCAGGCAUCUCUCAAUUCAGUCAAUCUGAUACCGGGGGUGAAUCUCGAGCGCUAUUGGAUACAAGCUUGGUAAGUGUACCAAAUGGCAUACCCGUUCAGGACACGACUUUCUUUGCGAUUCCAGAGCUUGAUGACCUCUAUAUGUCCCUAGUCUGGAGCGGCAGUUAGCCAGAAAUAUGUAACAUGUAUUGUAUUUGACAUCAAUUACGAUUGAUUGAUAUUCUAAGUGUAUAUACGUCCUAAAGAUGAAAGAUGACUGUAACAUGUUUG